GUUAUAGAAUGGCGAGUAGCUGGAGAAGAUCGUUGGGCAACGUGAGAACCUUCUUAGGCAAUUCGAUGGGAGGUCUAAGGGGAGGAAGCAACCUUGCUUCUUGGGUUGUGGCUGGAACCCUAGCGUACUUUUUCUGGAUCAAGCCCUCCCAAGACCUCAAGCGUGAACAACAGGAAAAGGCUGCUCUUGCCUCCUCCUCCUCGGAUCCUUAUCGAUACGUUGAGACUCGAAAACCCAUUCCUGAUCCUCAAGUAACGGGUUUGAUAUAUGGAAACAAAAACAAGGAUAAAGCAGCUAAGCCAGAGGAUUAGCUUGAGUCAAAAUGGAAAUAGUUAACAGUGAGGCAGGCAUAUAUCGUGUUUGGAUACGGGGUCAGUUUCAACUUGCCACUGCCCUUUUUUAGUUUAUCUAUACUGAACAGUACCAUUUAGUUCAUAUGUUAUAUUGUUAUUAUUACUUUUGAGUUUUGAGAAUCAAUAUCUGUAACAAUCCUUCCUUCCGGAGGCAUGUUAUUACAAUUAAUAAGUCCAUCUGACGUUACUUAUGAAGCAGUGUUAAGGAUAGUUUUUGGCUCAUUGUUAUGAGUUUACAUCAGCGUUUAUAAAGAUUUAAAGAAAAUUGCAUUUGUAGCUCUGUUGCAUUACAUUCACGAGGGCUUUAAACUCUCAGUGCGUGCGUGCGUGCAGAAUUGCAUUUGUAUUCUUGGAAAUUCAUGAAACUGGCAUUUUGUUGAUAAUUAUUCACCUGGUUCUUCUCUCUUUGAAUUUAUGCUCCCAGAAUUGAACCAUUCUUGUCGUUUUAAGGGAACCUUGUUUGAUUGAUCUCCAUCUGCAAUUUGCAAAAUAGGCUGGUUGCAUGCCAAUGUGAUUUGAUUUCCUACUUUCUUCCCUGAUCUUCAACUGUGAACUGGAAAUCCAACAACCUUUGAUUCCCCUUGCUGGUACAACAGUUCCCCUAUGUUGCCCUUUGGAUGAAUUGCAAUGAAAUUGAAUAGUGUUAGAGUCGGACAUCCCUUAACUACUUCAGUGAACUUCUGUAAAUGUGCAAUGGGGCAAUCUGUGCUGGGUCUACUGGAGACGAGAAAUUUUGCCAUUCCUUGUGAUAUCAAGUUACUUAGAACUAGUUGGGUUUACCGAAUUUAAUUCUUUGUCUCCUUUAGUUGACGAGUUUUGUCAUGGCAUAAAGACACUCUCAUUUUAUUGUUCUGGUUUAUUGCCCUUCUAUUUACUGUUUGUGACUGGUAACUCUGGUGUCCACUGGGUUUGCGCUUGGUACUACUUUUUUGGCUGGCUGAAUGUGCCUAAGAAGUCUAGAACUAUGAUGCUGAAACAGAUUUGACAUCCUACUUACUCUUUCAGGAUAUAGUAGAAAGGGUGUCACUUGUGUUGUUGACACUUUUGCAGUCAAAUUCGACUGAGCAAUGAGCAUAGGUGUAGAUCCUUGUAAUGUUGGAAUGAAUGACAACUAAAAUACACUGAGGGUGCUGUGAAUUAUUGGAGAAUUUUGAAAAGGUGGAUAGCAAGCUUGAAUGGGGAAACUUACAAUGCGUAAACAGAUGUUGAUUUUUUUUUAUUAUUAUUAUUUUAAUUUUUUUAAAAAAGAAUGCAUUUACUAUGAUGAACCAGCUGGCAUUGACACAAAUGCCCGUGUUCAGCCCUGUUGCUGCCUUUAUUUUUGGGUUUGAUAUUUCUCAUAUUGUAGGAGGAGAUAAAAUUAUUUCCUACACAUACAUAAAAGUGUGUGAGACGGUCAUAUCAAGAG